GUUGAAAAUGAAAGUCAAACGGGUGAAGCAUGCAAGGAGAUAUUUAACUUUGUUCAAAAAUUCCUUCGGGAUAUUUGAGCCUUAUCAAAUUUUAGGUGAGUGAAAUUGUUAAACAUAUGUUCUUCUCUAACCUGUCGCAGUUUGGAGGCAAUGGAGAGCGUCUGUGUGUUUUGCACACCGAUUUUAUGUGACUUCCGGCAGUUUAACUGGUCGGCCAUGCUUGCGAGUGUAAUUUUAUUUCGGUGUUGUUCUGUUCUCAGUUGACGGCACUUUCAGUCAGGCAGCACUGCAGACCAAGAUCAAUAUCAAGGAACAGCUUCCCAAAUACUUGGAUGGAUCUGUUCAGUUAUGUAUCCUUUAUUCAUGAAAGUUCAAAAUUACUCUGCACUUGUUCAAGAAAAUACGUGAAAGAAACAUGCACGUACCUGUACCAACCCUUGAAACAAAAUAGCGCUACUAAAUUUUUUUUUUUUAAUUCUUUUGGGCUGCCAGUGUUUUGGGGCAGUGCUUGGGCCGUCAGUGCUUUGGCGACACAAGCUUCAGCUGUGAGAUGAUCAUCUGGCGUAAGAAGCGUCAUGGGGAAAAUAAAAGAGUUUUAUGGGAAUAUGAAUAUUUACGACUGCUUUUCAGAGGAAAAAACUCAUUCAACUUCUCAAUAAAAAAUAUCUCACCUUACUUCCAGGUACAGUGUAUCGCUUCUUGUCUGAACGCUUUCUUUGUGGAAAUGAGGCCAUUUUAGUGAUUUAUCUUUUCUAGGUUUCCUACUCCUACUUCUCUUAGGAGUAGGAAACCUUUGCCUAAAAGAACAACAACUUCAAGUUUGUCCUCCACAAUCUGUUUAAAUCUUUCCAUUGUAGAUCAACCAUGACAUUUCCUGGUGAAUUCUUUCUAAUUUGGUCUUUGUCUAUCUUACCAAAGUAACAUUUUCUGCCUUCCUUCUCAUUAAAGGUAAUUUUUCGUUUUGGAAUAAUUGACUCAAAAUAUUAAUGGGGUAGAGUUACAUGUAUGGUCACAAAGUGGCAAAGGUAGCAUCCUUUAUCAGUUAGUCAAAAGAGUGAUUCAAAGGGUUUAUUUGAUUGCUGUCACAAGAAAAUAUAGUUAUUUAGAAGCUGAUGAUUCACAAUGGUAAAUGCAAAAGAAGACAUCAGAACUUGGACACAACAUUUUCCUGUUAUUCAGAAGUCAUACCUGGCAUUAGAAUCAAAGUAUAGCCUUGGUAAUAGUAAGGAGUUGUAACUUUUGAUUUGUUAUGAAGAUAAAACAAAUUUCCAGAGAACAAGGGAACAGUUACCACUAACAUAUUUUAAUUAAAAACUGGUAUGUUGUACGAGAAUGAAAUCAGAAGUUGGUAAAUUUUUACAAGCUUGACAGAUUCUAGAUGAAUGAACUAUUGCUAGAACGCAUGCUAUCUGAGUCUUAAAGCCAAAAUGUAUGUUUACAGCCUUGAACCCUUUCACUCCCAUGAUCUGAUUAUUAAUUCUCCCAUCUAGCUGUUUCACAUUUCCUUGUAAUGAAGUUACAAUAAUUUGGUGGUAUAUCAUGAUAACAACCUUUAACUGAUAAGUUUGAGUAAUCUCAUGACCUGUUUGUGGGAUAAUGUGUGAAUAUUGUUGGGAGAAGUUACAUGUAAAUCACUUCCAGGAGUUAAAGGGUUAAAGUUAUUUUUUGUACAAAUUUAACUUGACUUGUGACAAGUGACAACAAAAUGUGUAAUAGAAGAAGGAAAGUCACUUGGUCCUCAGCUGGCAGGCGCUGUACUGAUUUUAAAGAGAUUUCAGCUGCGGAAAUGUGGCCACCAUAAGGAAGCUGUGCCAGCUGCAGAAUGUAUUAUGAAUAUGAUAGGUAACUGUAUAAUGAAAUUAAUUGUAUGCACAUUUUGAUUGCGUCAUGCUUUUGAUCGAUUGGUAGACAAACACAUUGAUCAGAUGACAUCACCAUCAACACCAGUUGCUUUAUAAUAACAUAGCAUUUAGGUUCCAUGUUGCUCUGCUUCUGUUCAGUGAGAGAUUACAGCAAGGUUAAUUUCUUGCAGUUCAUCCUUUGUUUAAAUCUCAAUUGUCCUGUCUUGUUCUUUUUGUAAGCCACACAGAUUAUAUCCCAGUUGGCAUAGCUUUGGCAAAUGAUUUAUUUGCCUUGACAGACAAAUUGCAAUAUGUUGCUCAAGAUCCUUUAAUACAUGUUAAUUCUUCCUGUUGCUUCUCUUUGAAAGGAACUGAAAAUAAAAAUGGAUACUUUGUGGCCUCACAAGACAGAACUCUAAGAAGUCAUCUGCAGAAAAUUCCAGGUAACAUUCUGUUUCAUUUAAUUCUUAUCCUCUACAGUGAAUUUGUCUCCUUAACCCUUUACACCCUGACAUCAACAUCCGCAUUCUCAUUACUGUUCUCUAUAAAUUUCCUAAGGUGCUGACAAGGAGAAUUUGUUCAGCAAUCAAGAGUUUCUUUAGUUGGUGAUAAUUUCCUUUAUUCUCAUGACCAUAAAACAUGAUUGAGGGGUGAGUUGUAAGGAGAAAUUAGAUCCUGGUCACUCUUAGGGGCUAAAGGGUUAAGGUGUUUUAAGACCAGGUUGCACACCUAACACUAUGAUAUGCAGUUUACAAACUGAUGCUGCUCUGAUCAUCACCAAAGAAUCUUCCUUUUUUUGAUUGUAGAAGGAUUUUUUUGGGUAGCCCUUAAUUAUAAAAUUCAUGAUUUUCCUGACUUUGUCCAAAUAUUUUACAGGAGUACCACUUUUAUUUAUUAACCACAACACGAUACUCCUGGAGAAACCUUCAAGGGCGUCUCAUCAAGCCUCUGACCAGGUUUGUCAUCUCUUUGAACCCUUUAACUCCCAAGAUCUGAUUGUUAAUUCUCCCCUCUAGCGGUUACACAUUACCUUAUGACUUAGUUUGGAGAAUUUGGUGUUAGAUUACAAUAACAACUUUUACCUGAUAAGUUUAAGUAUUCUCAUGACCUGUUUGCUGGAUAACAUGUGAAUAUUGUGGGGAGAAGUUACAUGUUAAUCAUUUCUGAGAGUUAAAGGGUUAAUAUACAUGUGAUAGGCUGAAUUAUAUCAGUAUUUUGAUUGGCUCUUCCUUAUCAUCAUUUAGGGGAUAGGUUGAAAUGCAAUCUUCCUCAGCCGUUGAAUCCGUGUGAAAGAGUACACGCAUAUACAUAAAGAGAUUAACAAAACACGUUUUCAAAUAGACGAAACCCCGCGAAAGUGCACGCACUGGAAGUGCGUGUACGAAUUACACGUGCUUUACGCGCGUGUAUUUACUGCAGCACACGCGAGCGUUACUGUUGAAGACGUCUCACUCAAGAAGUUUUAUCUUUUGAUUAUUGUUUAAAACAAAUAGAUUCUUUAAAAAACAAUUGUACGGUACAGUUUGAGCUCGGUAAUCAAAUAUAGGAAGAUGUUUAUUCGUCUUGUCACGAGCGCGCGACAAAGAAACUAUUCUAAGUCCCCAUGAAGAAUCGAACCUCAAACCUUCGGAUUCCGCACUCCGAUGCUCUACCACAGAGUCACAGAGACUCUAUAGAGAGAUAGGCUAUUAUUAGGGUCAAAUAUGUAUGUAACACGCGUCUUGUACACCUCUAGAAUAUUUGAGCAAUGUCGACAAUUGGAGUCAUGAAACAUUUCACAGGAUACACUUUCUAACCGACAUGAUUUGUUUAGUUACACGUGUGAGUUGUUCACGUGUUUUGCCAAGUGUAUCCUUAACUCGAAUAUUUUUAGUCAGAAGCUUUUAGAGUCUUACUUUGGAAAAGUUUCACUGUUUUAUUUCAUCAAAACACUGCAAAUAAACCAUGCAUUUUUAAAAAACAAAAACAAAAAAAUUAAAAGAAAAAAAAACCAGAUUCAUAGCAUUUUGCUUACUGCCAUUGAAAAGUUGUGUGAUCGACAAAAUUGUGUAAUUACCUGAAAAGCCAUCUCAACAACCUCUUUAAAUUACCUCGUCAGCUCAUUGGCCGAGCGAAGAGUUGCACUUUGUUCGUAAAGUGCUAAAAAGUCGAUUAAAACGUUGUUUUCGGGGUGCAAACUUCAUAUGGCUGUUAUUUCUGCCGGGCAGGCUUUGAUUAUCGUUUGAACUGAUAAAUAGAAAACAAAAUUUGGGCUCAUGAAACACGCAAGUGCAAGAGAUAAUUUUCUACGGACUACAUGUAUGUCAUGUAAUAUAUCAUAAUGCUUUGAUACAACGCUGCGAAGGUUUGGUCAGGAAAAUCGUUUUUCACUCGCUAACCGGCCAAGUGAAGAAGCACACUCAGUAUUGGAAUGAAAGGUAUUUCGUUUUAAUGGUAGUUCUUUGCAAUAUUUUCCCCGCAAUUGUCAGUAUUCGCAUUCAUGAAUGUUUUUCCGAGUCUGGAAACAUUUUAUCUCCAUUUCGUUAUUUUUUUUCGUGCGGGUUUUGUGUCCGACCCUAACUGAACUCUUCGCGUAACAUCUACCGGAAAGAAUGUGAUCAAAUUUUUUUACAAGGAAAUGAAAAUUCCUUUAAUUUGCCUGGCUGUGACGUGUCGAUAUGUGGGGCGUAUCUCGGUUGUUCAGUUGUUCUUGGCACUCGACCGGGGAGAUUCAAAACUUACUACAGAGUCAAAAACUCGGGCAAAGUCCUUGAUAUGCUUCAAAGUAGAAUGGAAAACACGAGUCAAGCGAGUUGUACACUUAAAGAUUGGGCGAUUCCACUCGAGUUUUCAACCGGAUCUUGAACUUUGUAGCGAAAAUCACUCGCGUCGCUCGUGCAACAGUUCCACUUGAACAUUUUGUCACGUUAUUAGGAUAACAGUAGUUUUUUUUAUUUGUUCUUACUUUUGAGACCAAAGGAGAUAUUAUAACAGUGCUCGGUUUUUUAUAUAUAUCAGUAGUGUUACUCUUCUUUUAAGGCUCGUUUGAAUGUAAAAUUUUAUUUGCCCGGUCAAAGGAAAAAAAAAAAAGGAAAAGAAAGGUUGUUUUUCCCGACGUCGCGUGACAAAAUUUGGACAAGAGUUCGUGACGGCGAUUUCGCCGGGCACGUUCAAGUUUGUUUCCUGAAAUCUGGAUUUUUCGUCUUUAUUCGAAUUUACCCUCAUUAUUUCAUUCUUUCUUGAUUGUGAUUCUCUCUAUAGUGUUGCCCUCAGGACACAUUUUAAAGGCAUUAUUACACGUUGGCAAAGACAAAUAAAUAAAAGAAAGUAAACAAACAUGAUAACAUGGUGUCGCGGUUUCGCAGUGUUUCGUAACUUGUUUUUUCCGGUCGUAUGGGAAGCUGCGAUAAGUUUUUUUCCCUUCACUUGUUUUGGUCUGAAAUUAAAUUGAGAAUAUACAGUACGUGCCAUUAUUUUUUGUCGUUUUCUUUUUCUAAGAUAUGCCACUUUUUCUGUUGUUUUUGAAGUAGGAAGCCAUGCGAUGUCGCGCGAAUCUAUGCUCAGUAAGAAACGAUCCACGGCCAUGUUGCAUAUUCCAAUAAACAAGCGACUUAUCUGCAGCCCUAUGCUUCUUUCAAAGACAAGCGCAGUUUUUUCUCUGGUAACUUUGACCCCCUAAGAGUAAUCAGCAUCUAAUUUCUCCUUACAAUAUCACCCUUUGAAUCAUACAUUACGGGCACGAGAAUAAAAGAAAUGAUCACCAAUUCAAAAAGCUCUUGAUUGUUAAACAAAUUCUCCUUGUCAGCACCUUAGGAUAAGUAUAGAGAACAGUAUGGAGAAUAUACAUACUGAUGUUAGGUUGUAAAGGGUUAAGCCUUUGCCAUGUUUUACCUUCGCCGACGUCGUUCCCCCUUCGGAUUUAGAAUAUCUUAUCUUCCAAACCACUUGUUUUGAGUUUCACGCUUUAUUUCACUCUAAUCAAUGCCAUCUUUUGCGUUUAAGGUUCAAAUUUCCCGUCUGCAGCCCUCUGCUCACGAGAAAGAGACGUUAGUUCGACUGAAGGACUCCGCUACGGAUGCUCAACCGAAACGUAAACGGAAGAGGCCCGGGGGACCAAACCCUCUGUCCAUGUUGAAAAGCAAGAAGAGAAAGACUGGUGAUGAAACUAAGGUGGGAAUACCUAGAUGUUUAUUGCUAUAAUGAUAGUGAUGAUAAUAAUGAUGAUGAUGAUGAUGACGAAGACAAUGACGAUGACGAUGACCCAAAUGAUCAAUUGGCAAGAACAAUGGCUUAGCACGGGCGUUUAAAAUCAUUGUACAUCUCUUAGCCGUCCUUUGCAAUAAAAACAACAGGAAAUCACCAGGAUUGGCGUGGUCUGAGAACGGAAACCCCGACGGCAAAUUAUUUGAAUUUCCAUCUGGAACUUAACGCUGCUCGCAUACGUCGUAUUGAAGUUGAGGUGUGAAGCGGUAAAAGACAGCAAACACAUACAGCCAAUUGCGGAGUUCCACUCAGGGAUUUCGGUUUGUAUCACGGUGAAAUUUACCUGCUCCCCCAUAAGGGCUCUGCAAUUUUCUUCGGAUCCUUCUCCCUCAUUAGCAGUAGAUUGGCAGUCAAUGUUCUAUAGACCUUGCCUAUACUCUGAUGGCGACGACUGAUCCUCAUCCGUUCCCCCCCCCUCCCAAAAAAAAAAAACCAUGUGACCUCCCCUUCCACAUAAUCUCCCCCGACCCUACUCCCCCCCUCGACGAUACAUUUUCAGGAUAUCUUGAACUGAACGCCAGGUAUUUAUUCUCACCUACUUAGAAAAAGCGAAUCCGUAAAAGAAAAAGAAGAAAACUGGCCGAGCACGUACAACAAGCGCUGCAGGAACAGAUGACAUGAUGUUUUUCAUAAGCCAAGGUUGGAAUAUAUAGAGCAAAUGUUACAUUUAUUUACGAAAAUUGUAUUCUUAUACUCAUUUAUGGAGCAGUAUUAAAUCAAGCGUUGAAAAACCAAAACCAAAAUAAUCACAGUGCCAAUCAGAACAAAGGUUUAUAUUUUCAGUAGCCAAUGAGAACUUAGAGCAAAAAGGAGCAAACUUCUUGAAGCGCGGGAAAACAUGAGUGACCAGGUCGCCAUUUUCUUUCGUUUUGCAUCUGAUUAGUCGAGAGGAUGACGCAACUUUUUUGCUAGACGAAUCACAGAGCGCAAAACCUGAUUACUUUUGAGACUCAAUUGGAAAUUGUUCCAAAGAGUGAACAUGUGAUUACAAGUUCACUUGGCGUGGAAGUACAUUCCAUGUCUAUUUUUCUUAAGACAUGUAGUAAAAGUUGAUGUCCGUAGAGCUUCGAUUGUUCUUCAACCCUUUAUCCUUUGUAAAGAAUCGAUUCGCAGUUAUCAAACAUUUUUGAGACUUGGUUUUUCCUUUCGAAAUUAAUAGAAUGAAUAGUUUUUCUUGAUGGUACUUUUCUCAAAUGUCUAACCGACGCGAGGAAGCAUUGUGGUUGAAACGAAGAACUCUUAGUUAGGAAAAAAGUAGAACGCUUUUGUUGUUGUUACCGUUUUACGAUAUUAAAGUGUUUCGGUUGAAAGAGCGAUGCUAAAACAUUCGAAUUAAGUGAAAGUUAGUGUCGAAUUUUCAAAAUUGAGGGUAAAAAUCGACUGCGCACUCAAUAAAACCGGUAUCGAGUAUUAAGUGCCAACUUCCUCAGUAAUCCGUACUGUUGCUGCAUAAAAAGGAAAAAAAAUAAUAAAACACUUGCAAAUAAUAGGUUUUAAGAUUUUCAAGUAAUUUCUUUAGUCAUUUCGGUUCUCUCUUUGUUUUUGAUCUGAGUUGGUGUCCUCUGAAGGCAAAUAUUAGGACACGGAAGAAACUCCUCUUUUUUCAGAGUCAUUAACAAUAUUGAAGUUUUGUGGACUUGUUGAAAAUCACAUGGCUUCAAAAUUACUUUUGUCCAUUGGUUUCGACGAGAAGAAAAGCCGCAGAGAGAGAAACUUAGGCCUCGUUACAUUGUGAAUGAUAUGCAAAGCUUUGCUCUGACACAAGGAACUAGUCACACAAGGCUUGCAGGCGUAGAAUAAAAUUUGGGCAUUGUUACUGGCAUUUUAGAGGAAGUUGUUUUAUAUUGAUGGCAUGUAGGGGGUGUAGGAAGUCUAAAUGGACGAGAACCUGCGAUGUCGUUAAAUAUUAGAAGCACAGUAUUGGACAGUGGACGCGAGCAAUUAGGCAACAAAGCAGGAGUUUUUAAAUGAUACCAAUUAUCGGAAAUUUACUAAUUUUAUAUCAAUUUGUUUUUCUUUCUUUCGAUAUUUUGAGUUAUUCCUGUUUAGAGAGGAAGUUUCUUUUGACUAGCAGGUCUUUCCCGAUUUUUUUGUUAUAUUCUUAGAAGAAAGUUCAAGCUGGUGUGCCAGGAAGUUGUGCUGAUAUCUGUAGAAAAUAUGUUCACGAAGUUCUGUUUAGUUUUUCAAUCAUCCGUUGUUGCAGUCGUGGUAGUACCAUGCAUUUGAUCCAUCCUCAAACACGUCAUCAUCGUUAAGGAAAAAAUACAACAAUUCCUUUGGCGUUUAUAUCCAUUCCGUUUAUAUUCAUCACCUGUAAAAAUAAUUUGUUUUUUUUCCUCAAGGGUGGAUAAAAACUGAGCCAGGUAGUUUUUAAGUUCGUUUCUUUAUCGACUAAAUUUAUAUAGCGUCCAAUUUGGUUUCCUCUAUCUCUCACGGUGAAGCAAGCAAGUAUCGAAGCAAAACUCCAUUGGAAAUAAACGGCUCCCAUUUUUUUUUUCUGUUGGACAAAAAUCAAGCCAGGUAGUUUUUACCUUCGGUUUUUUUUUAUCUGUUAAAUUUAGUUUCCAAUUUGGUUUUAUCUAUCUCCCACGGUGAAGCAAGCCAACACCGAAGCAAAACUCCACUGGAUAUAAAACUGCUCCCGUUUUUUUCUACGUACUAAGAACAGUGCUGUUCUGUUUUGCGUUUCACUUCUCUUGUACGGGUAAUCUUGAAAUGCCAUAUUUGUAAUUUUUUGUGUGUGUGUGUUAAAGAGAAAACUCUGGAGGUUUCGAACAUGCUUCACGCUCGCUUUUGAGUGCCAUAGGCUAAGAACUGAACUUUUGCCUCCUGCCUCUAAAUCCUGAGGUGUUUUUUGGUAGACUUACUGAAUAAUAAAAGAUUUGAAGAGAAGUUAUUGAGUCUUGGGUUGGAUUUUGCCGUUCCCGUUUGCAAUAAAAGUGUAUCGUAAUCUUUCCGUUGUCUCGGUCGUUUAAGUUGUCAUUUUAGUACUGUUAAGUUAAAUAGUUCAAACGACAAAAGCACUUGUUUCUAGAAUUCGCUAGUCUUUGAACAACGAAGUUAGAAAUACCUCUAUUCAGUAGAAUUUUAGCACAAGGAUUUCGUCGGUUGAUUUUUAGGAGUUUAGCGGACAGCUCUUUAUCAGUAAGAAAAAGCUACAGCUUAAUAACUGGAUCCCUUAUACUGAAAUGCUACCAAAAGUACAAUUAGAAAUUGAUAGAAGUUGGCAAAAGCUUCAAGAGAGGAGGAGAGGAUUUUUAUUUAAUUUUGUUGUUGUAAUCAGUGCUUUCAAGUAGAGGGUGCUGUAACUCAACUGGUAAUAAAGAAAAGAUGAACGCAUCUUAUGUAUUUCCAUGUUAAUGUUCCACUAAGUUGGACAAAAAAUCGUAAAAACUAGCCGUAAAAAGUGAGAUGAUGAUAGAUUGAAAACACAGAUAUGUUAUUCUUAAGGAAGUGCGUAACGCUUGCCGGAAAUAUUCCUUGCGAAACAUGCGUUGACCGUUAAUUGCAUCAAGAUACAAAUUUGCUAAUCUUUUUUUCUUCAACGGCACGUUUAGAUUUGUAGAAAUACUUUUUUCUUUGAGUUCACAGAUUGUUGAAUGUAGUGAGAUCAGGUCUAUUUUUAAACAGGCAGUGAUAAAAUCACAGUUAGUUUCGUUCUUUUAACUCAAAUCUCGCCCUCUCUUUUGUUUAUUUUUAAACUCGUGUUUUAAGUACAGACGUGAAAUACCUCACAUAAUUUCUGUAUACCAUCACAUUUUCGAAACCUGUGCAACAUCUUAAAACAGAAACUUUAACAUUGUUCAAUCCUAAUUUGGACUUUCAUACUCAUGCGACAGAUGGUGCUAGUUUUUUCCUAUUUUAAGGCUUACGUUGAUGCGAAAUAAAUUUUCUCUGUGCCCACUGACUUUUACAAAAUGAGGUCACUUCGCUUUUAUAUAGAUGAUACUUCACGCAUCAAAAUACUGGACUUUUCAAAAAUGUUGAAUCUAACCACAGAAGGACCUGAAAUGUUAAGGUCCCGGACCUUAACAUUUCAUUUGACAAAACGGUUUUGUCACUCACGUGCAAAACGGUGGCAUGCUGAAAAUUCCACGGAAAAAGUUAUAAAAAUUUGUAAAAAUUCAUCAAUCUUUCCUAACCCUGAUAACAUGAUUAAGUUUCCUGUUCAUAGUACUCUUAAAAAUGGAAAUAUGCUUUCUUGACAGCACAGGGAAAAGAAACUUGAAAUUAACGAAAAUUCGGAAAGGAGCACUUUUUGUUACCUUUUUUUUUUAAUUGAGAGAAUCGCUCUCUCUCUAUAUAUAUAUAUAUACACACACACAUGUAUAUAUAUAUUGGUAGGAUUCCAGCAUUUCAGGGAACUAUCCGUUGGCCAAAUCAUAAUAUUCUUUCUCUGUCUGUUGAUUUAGGAAGUGAUACCGAGUUUUUGUCUGAUCGUGUCAUCAUCUAUAUUGGGAUCGCAUAGGCCGGAAUUCGUACCUUUUGACUGCUAUUUGUGAUAUGCAAAAUUUCAAUAUCCGAAUUGUUGAAUCCGCGUAAAGAAGAUUCCAGCUGCAGUUAAUUAAUUCUGUGUUAUUUUUAAAGAUUUGGGUGUUGUUUUUCUCGAGGUUUUGAUCCUUUCCUUAAUUUGUUGACAAAGAGUUUAGUUCAUGUCCGUGCUGUACAUCACGUAGUUGUAUUUCCGAGGUAAUCCUCGGUGUAUGCAAGGCAGUAAACAGGGUUAAAGGACAGAGUAGUUUAGACAAAUAAAAAGUUUGUUAAGUAAACGGAAAGUAAUGAGAGUUGUCUUUUUAACCCCUAUUAACUGAAGUACCCAAUAUUGCUUCAAACCACGCUACGUGCUCGCUAAAACUGCGCUCGAAUCUACGGAUUUCCGUCUUACAGAAACUGUAAAUUUUCAAGGCAUUACUUGUAAAAGUACAGUGUAAAAUAAGUCGUGUAAAAUGAUAUUAUUGAGAUAUUGUAUGUUGAAAGCUGGCUGCGUAAUCAAGAAGUAACCAGCACGUGAUAAUUGCUGUAAAAGAAAAAUCUGAUAAUCCUCUCUAAAUUUCUGUUUGGGUAACAGCAAACUUGCGUGGGCAAUCUUGUCAGUAAGUAGGCUUCCACUCGACAAUUCGGCCUUGCGUAAUAUGUUCAACCGAGGUCUGAAUAUCUAUUUUUAUGACGUGUUCACCUUGUUUAAUUUCACAAUGAAGCUUUGUUUUCACUCGUGUUGCGGUUUUUGGGGAAAGAUUUCAUGGUUUAGUAGUCUUGAUGAAGAGGAAAUAAAAGUGGAGUGUUUUUUGUGCCUACGAUUUCGAGAGGGACUUCCAGUUUUUUAAGGAUUUCCGUUUUAUAAAAAAAAAAAUGUCUUCAAGCACGUUGUAGAAAAAAAAUGAGUUACUUCCAGUAACUUCGGUGUAUGGCACCAUCCCAAAACGGUUUUUUUUUUUUUUUUUUUUUUUUUUUUUAAAUAGCAGAAAUUUAAAAUGAUCUUUCUUUAUUGGUCGAAUACACUUUGAUCAAAUAGUUUGGCUUUUGGUAGAAACUUAUGAAACGAAGAAAGAUGAUAUUAAAGUUGCUACAAAGUUUUAGGAAAAAGAUUUUCAAUUAUAACUAUCGGUAGUUGUGGUUUCUGUUUACAAAGCAGUGUGAGGCUUGCAUUUUGAAAAAGUAACUGCUUUUUAUUUACAAUUUUUUUUAUACAAUGUUUUUCUGCAAUUGCUUAAAUUGCCGCUCGCUCUCGUGGAUCGUAGCUUUAGUUGCUUUUAUAAAAAUAAAAAAAAUAUAUAGUUCUUUAGACGCUCCUGUUCUUCUAAAAGAUUACUGAUAUGAUUACAUGAAAACAUCCUUUGAUUUCACUUUUACGAAAGGAUUCAUUUUUAACUGAAGAAAGCGUGAGAGAGAUGUUUGUAAUUGAUUCUUGUUUUUUUGGAACGUUUCUGUCAAGUAGCGAUACAUAAAGUCAGUAAUGAACUGUUCGAAUGAUCCUCCUUCAGGGAAAUGGAAUUCCUAGCUAACAGUUCAUCGAAAUUGGUUAGCAGAUCUUUAAGGAAAUGUUGUGUCAGAUACGAACUGUACUGCCUAGGGGGACAUAUCAAAUAAAGGCGUAAAUCAGACAUAAGUAGGAUGGUUCUAUCUUGUCAAACGCCUGUACUGUAUCAAUUAAAGCUGUUAAAAACUGUGUAGUCAGCGCAGUGUCAUGACAAAGCAAGGAUUUCUUGUUAGUGCAACCCCAGGAAUUACACAUACCACACUGCUAUCGUUAAGAUACAAACUGUAUUUAUUCAUAGAAAACAGCAGGUUGUUUGAGCUAGGAUUCCCUGGCAGACAGAAGAUUAACAAUUAAAAAUAGCAUCGCUUAGAGAUGAAUUUACGAGAAGCCAUUUGAGCUCAGUUGCACCCUGUUGCUAAGUAAUCAUUACAAAACAGUGAUAGAUUAAUACUUUGCGGGGUUUGCAGUUCAGUUUCUAUAAGCUUUUAAUUACUCUGUUCUGUGUUAUUUCGCGUGACUGGAUUGUGAACGGACUGCUGUAGAGAAGCACGCAAAACAGUGAUUAGUCCACUGAGAUUUCUGCCGUUUUUUUUAUUAAAUACAGAAUCGUGCCUGUGACGGUUUUUUUUUCUUUUCAGCCACGCGACAGUCGAAGUCGAUUUCAAACGAAGUAGUUAUUUUGACCAGAUCUGAAACACGUUCCUAUCUUGACUUGACUAUCCGAAUGGGAUCACAGUGUCUAUUAUUUGCAAUGUCAGAUGUUUCUUUGCGCCUCAACCUUUGCGUGUUGCUGGCCACGAAGCCAUAUUGCUACUGAUUGUUCUCUUCUCGUAAAAAACAAGCGACAAGGUCACUAGGUCAUACGCUGAUUUUCCAGAGAUAAUGGCGUUCUGUUUUAAAUAUUUCUUCGUUUGACCACAUCGUUUCCUUUUGGUCUCGACAGUCAAUCUCAAAUUGAAGAGUGAAUUUAAUAAGGCUUGUACCUCUGACACAGCUGGACACUGGAUGAACCAAUGUGCUUAAAAUGGAUUUGUUUUGACCUGUCGCGCGACCAUUGCAAACACCAAUAAUCUAUUGUACAUGGAAACCGUGAUUUUUUUUAACGUACAAUUAGUUAUCUGGUUUAACUGCAGGCUAUCCACCCUCUUAAAAUAAAUAUCAUUAGAAAAAUACACGCAAGGCACCUUUAUUAAAAUUAAAAAAAAAUAAUAACUACACCGCAUGCAACUACUGCCAAACCAUUUUGAAUAGCCAGUUGCCGGAAAAAUGCAAAUUAAAAGGUCGAAACUCCUUGCUCACGAUAUAGAAGAAAACUUUCUUUUGAACAGUCACUAACCAGAGUUUAUUUUUUAUGCGCCUUUUCGCAAUUUUGCAUGUAAAUUCGCUCUUUGGAAUUGACGCAUUUAAGAUACGUCUUCUAGAUCGAAAACUCCAUCGCGAAGAACGCAUUGCGCAACUUUCCGCGUCUUUCCACGCGGAAAUACUAGAGUAAUGCCUCGUAGCUUAAGUUAUUUUUACGAAUCACUUGCAGUAAGGUCUUUUUCACUACCAAAGCGAUAGUAAGCAACAUUCGUAUUAAUGCAUUACAAAUAAAACGAGUUUAUACACAUUGCUUGCGAAGUUUACAUCUCGACAACAACGUAGCAUUGAAUACAGCCUAUCGCUAUUUUUAGUUCCCUGCUGUCAUCCGAAUUUAUAGUUCUUUUCAUUUGUGUGCAUAAAUUUUUAAGAGAUCGAAACUUCUGACCUUGCAUUUUUCUGAAAAAUUUUGUCAGGAAAGUUUUCAUUUUCAUUUUUGACAAAAUUUCUUGUGUUGAAUUCCACUUCGUUCUAUUUUCACUUGGAAGUUUUGCGUCAUAUUCUCAAAUUUGGACCACGCUCAACAUACACACGUCAAAAAAAAAUUGCUUUCUAAUAUCUGCGUGUUUGUCGCAUGCAGCUUACACGAGAUAUGCAAAGUUUUUUAUGAUCCAAACAGAUGAAUUAUUUCGCUUAUCUCUUAACUUGAGAUAUAUCACACAUUUGGUAUCAAACAUUUUACAUUGCGAUGUCAAGAAUUCUAGCUGAGAGCUUCCAAUAAACAUAUAUGUCCACAAGUUCCCAAAAAUACAAAGCCUGUAAUUUGAAGGUUUAUCUGUAACAGGUAUGUUUUCAAGCGGUUUUCCCUCAAAAUCAUUUUCGAAGCUUCCCCUAAAGAACUGGCUGUGAAAGAAUAAGUUUCCAUUUUCGGUAUUUUUGACAAAAAAGGGGCACGUCGUUAAAUUAAACUGGUAUUGUAAGUCUCAUGGUUGUGUAACACAUCUCAAAAAUGACUCUGAGAAAAUAUGUUUUCCUUUUGCAUUGAAUUCACAAUGGCAAAAACUGAUGGCUUCGAUUGUCUCUGAGGUCGGGAAUUUCUUGAGUACACAAAACAUAAUGAACAAAGUUAAUCGUUAUUAAUGCCUUGGAAUCGACUGAAACUAGUUUUAGAUCCUCGAGGUUUCUUUGCCGCUCCGGUCAACACAAUAAAUCGUAGAGAAAACGAUAGACUGUUGUUUUCUCCUUUUUUUUUUGCCUGAUAAACGUAGCGAUUCUCUCCACCGGAAAGCAUAUCUUUAUAUUGUUUUGAAAAGAGAAAUUACGGGUUUAUCACUCCUUAAUUACUUUGCACUGAUAGCGGGAGAAACUAGUGUAGCAAUACACCGUGAAAAUUUGAGUGCUUCCGGAGUUUGAGAAAGAAACAAUGGUUUUCUGCGAUUUUAGCAAUUAUACAAGGCUAAUUGCUUAAGGUUGAAUUUUUAAUUUCAAGUUGUGGUAUAUCGGCUAAACUUACAAAGAAAAUUACUUUUGUCGUUGUGAUGCACCGAACAAAAGGUGUUUUGUACUCUGCGUCGGAGGUUUGAAGGGCAGAACUGAACACAGUCAAAUAUCAGUGGUCCAAAGGGCAUCAAAACAACUUUUAGGUAAACAUCUAUUGUCCGAGUGCAGUGAACUUGAAUGGGUUCUGGGAUUUUAAUUAAAUCCCACAAAAUUGUGAAAGGCGUCUUGCUAUUCUUAUGGAGCUAGCUUUGUAGUGGAGCUAUCACGUGCUCUGCAAAGAACCUCUGUUUUUAGAUUGCAACGGUUUGGAAGUUGAGCCUUUUGACAAAGAAACUACUCGUUCAUGGUGACGCAUCUUCGAUUUUAGAUUGAACUUGAAAAACCCUAAUGCACUUGUGUGUUGUGUUGUUUUUGUAUGAAGAUUUGAUUCAAACAUGAGCAGAUUUUUAUCUCGUCCUAUAUGAGCGCAUCUUGAAUUUAAUGCAGGUCUACGGUGGAAAUAAUUAUUGUCAGACCUAUUCACCCCUCGAUAAUUAACUUGUUUUUGACUUUAGAGAUGCAAAGUAACGUUUAUUAAAGAUUCCACUUGUCCGGCGUCAGUCUGUCACCGUUUCUGCACUUCCACUUAAGACAAAUUACAAAGGGUGAAAGUAUUCAGGUCUUUAUGGCGAUUCUUUGACGCUAUUUUUGACUUUUUGUAACAAUAGCCGACGGUAAUGCGCACCGCUACCAGUCUGCAAGGAAGAACCAUUCGGCUUUCACGCUCAAAGCCACAAUCUAAGUGAAGGUUCAGCCUGAUAUUGCGGUUGUCUUUGAUCAAAUUCGCGAGGUGCUUGAAAAUAAUACACCGCCGCAAAAACAUAGUCACCUAUUGUUCUAAAAGCGGGUCUACCCACUUCGCUCGGUAACAACUACAAUACUUUUCACUUUCGAUGGCCUGUGAAUUGAAAGGGAAUUAUCUGUGUGGGAAGGUGCGUUGUUUUUGUCCAAAGAAACAGUUUUUCCUGAGAUUUUGAGUUUAUGCCAAUGGAAAUUGCGAUAUUGCCUCGCUGCGAACAGUAAGAAUCUUUGAUCAAAAUCAAAACACUUAUUGUCUAGUGGAAGACAUAAUCGCGUGUGUUCGUUUCAAAUCACUGUUUGGACGGACAAGGCAGUGGCGAGGUUGUUUACGUUACCAUAAAAAUAAUGUUACAGAAUUAAGACAGUUUUUUCGUUUCCAGGUACGGUUUCUGUGUUAGCAAGUACAGGAAACCUAAAGUAUAACUUGCGGUUCUGUACAAUUUAGAAUCAUCAGACAACUUUGCCUUUUGAGAUUGUUCGAUUCCGUUACAACUUUAAAUGGCUUACGCCAUCUGAACCCAUUCAAAUCAAUAGAAAAUUCAAGUUAGACUCUAGGACAAAUGUUUUUCAAGAAGGCUUUGGGGCAUAAAUUUGUUCAGUGUAUUUCUGCUUUCAUUUUCCUUUGUUUUGAAAAUGAGUGCAGAUCGUGGGCGGACACAGAUUGCGACGUCAUUUCCUCGUGACAACGUCUCCAGAUCGAACUUUUGUUUUUAAUCUUUUAGACGUGAAGGAUAUAGCCAUGCAAGGUGCAGGCACAUGCUCUUAAAGCCAGGAAACCCUUCGAGAGCCUUUUAUAUUCAAAUGGGUUUUUGUUGUUUUCCUUUAUGUUUGUGACUAUUAUUCAUUCAUUGAGUUUUUAUUCCGUUUUUUUCAUUAUCGUCUUUUAUGCUAACAACAAAACUGGGUAGCGUUCGUUUCACGCAGUCAGUUAAUAAACCACUCGUCAUUUGGAGGUAAAUCUUGUCGUGUCUUCAAAGAGGUGACCUUGUUAAGAAAUUAGGAGGAAUUUAGCGGACCAAAGCUCAUUCGAUUGUUGAUUCUUGAUUCAUGGCUUAGCCUGAUUUCAGCAGUAAUCCCCUUAGAGGUUUCAGAUAUAUUUAGUGCUGCACUUAAAUUUGACGAAUUUUCAUGGGUUGUCAAUGCUAGGGCUUUUUUAUGGGUUAGUAUUACUGUACGAAGCUCGAGGCUCGAGGGAAAUUCACAGAUUGUGGUUUUUCUUCAUACUUCAAAUCCAGCAGUCCGUUUAUCUUGUAGAAUUUGAUCUCAUAAAAGACAGAUUGUUUAGCGGGGAAAACUACUGGUUUUGUUUUUUUUUUUCGUAUUUAAUCUCGUCAAAAGACAUAAGUAUUCUUGUCUGCUCUAGCUAAUUGUUAGCUAAAUUUGCUUAAAAUAUACCCUUGAGUUGGAUUUUCUGAUGCACGAAUACUUAUUAAAGCUUUGCGAGUAAGACCUUCUCGAACUUCAACAGCGAGUUGAUGUGUAUGUUUGAAAACAGAUUUUUAAAAAUAAUGAUUAUGGCUAAUCUAAAUAGUCUUUCAGGUUCAUAUUCGAUGACAUUCUGAAGAAGCCGUUGGUGGUUUUGUUUUAAUUUUUGCCGGUUUGUAAAAUUAUGUUUUUGAAAUUCCUGUCCAGGCACAUUAACUUCGCAGCAAAAUGGGUAUUUCUCCGAGCUAAAAACAUGGGUAUGAUUUUUUUGUGUGUGUGUGGAGUACAAAUAUUUCAGUUUCAUUUCAGGUGAGAUAUUUUAUGGAGGCUCUGCGAGGUCGAGUGCAGAGUCAUCCAGAGGCCAAUGUCACUCGCCAAAACACGAAAAAAAGAAAAGGGAAGGAAGUUGUUGUGUAAAGACGUUAUAAUCCUACUCUGAAAAAAUGUUUCGCCCUAAUUUAUGCGCCUGCUGAAUCAGCAACCCUCAGGAUCGCAUGCCAAGACAUGGAACAAUUAGAAUAUCAUUUUCAAUUUUUUUCACUUUCGUCCUCGGUAUAGACACCUUUCUCUGAGACGACCGAACGAAGACUUGUGACCGCGCUUAAGUCCUGAGACGAUUUUUUAGUCGAAGUAAUCUUCUUAAAAGGUCUUGAACUUUUUUUUUUCCUUAUUCUUUAUUAACGUAGGUGUCUUAUUCACGAGUCAGUAGACUGGUUAAACGAAAACUGGAAAGUUGCCAUUAUUAUUUCAAUAGCAGCAGCUGUAGCUAUGGCACUGCUCUAAACAUUUUCAAAUUAAGUGAUGAGUUUGCGUAAACUUUGCACUAGUAAUUUCGCGACAUUUGAAUAUGAAAGAAAAAAAAUUUUUUCUAGUUAUUUUGAAGAUGGCAAUUAAUUCGAAAUUAAUCAGAGGUACCGAACACUUUGUUAUUGCAACAUACUCUUUUAAUUCUGUUGUGAUCAAAGUUUGUGGUAAUGUUUAUCUUUCUCGUUUUUCUUUAUUUUUUAAAGCGAAGAGGCCAAAUUUGGCGCAAAGCCAUGAUCUUAUAUCAGCCCUGGUUUUUUAGUGCACUACUUGUGUGUGGUUGGGCUGUGAUUUAGGUCAGCGCUCGUCGUAUGAACUGCGUUAGUCAGCGUAUGAUAAUUUUGGGUCAAUGUGAAGUCACGUCUAAAAACGAAAUUUACUGUUGAUCGCGUCGAACACAUGCAGCCCUGAAGAUACAUGUGAUAGUAGCGAACUCAAAGGAUUUCUUUGGGGGAGGGGAUACUAGGUCUGUGGCUAUUUCAGAGGGCUGUUGUGUCUCUGGGUUAUUUUUCUUUUGUUGUGCGCAAACCCGUAAUUCGAUUGUUUACAUACAUUGCGUUCAGGAAAUUCCCAAGGUCGCGCCAAGCUUUGUCGAGAAGUACGUGAGUGUAGAAACUGCAAAAUGUCACCAUGAGUUAAUUUUACGAAUUUAGCACUAGAGGGGGCCCCCUUUUGUUUUCAAUGACCGUGAAGUCAGUGGCAUGACAAGCCACCAAUCGCAGCUUGUCCAGAGGUGUCAAUCAAAAAUCCAGUUUAGGUAAGGCAAUAAAGUCGUGUGUUCGGCACGAGCGCGCAUCAGACCAUUUUAAAUCUUCCGAAGGCAUCAAAACAUUGUAAUCGAGAGAACACAAGCUUCUGGCGAAAACAAAACAUGUCUUAUCUCCAAAGUGCUGGUAUAUGGAUGGCAUCCACACUUUUUCUAUCACCUGACGAGUCUCCCUCACAGCGGAGAGCGUGCAUUGCGGUGGGAAGGGAGCUUCGAAAGAUCGCGGACGAUCUAGAAGCAUCCGCGAGACGGGAGAAAGUUAACAAUGAACAGGCCAUUGUUGUUGAUGCAAUCAAGGCUGUGUGUGCUGUUGCCGGUGUCUUCGUUGUUGGGAGACUUGUGUGGAAUCUGCUCAACACUUGAAAGCCUUUUUGUUGUGUUGUUUCACUCAUAAGGUAAGCGCUUGGAUGCGAUGAAAACAAUUGUGUUAUUCGCAGAUAUUAAUAAUCAUGACUUGAUCGCAUACUUACAGAGAGGUCAAAUUUGACGCUUUUUGUGUAGCGCGGGAAUGAUAGUGUAAUCAUCGUUUUCGUUGCCCUUCGCGUUUGGAUUUUUGUCAGCGAUCGUAGCGCUCUGGAAAUACAUAACUAAUCUCUAUUUCUCUAUUUCUCUUUUGCAGAUGACACUGCGUAUUCACUUGCUAGCCCUGAGGAUGAUUGACUCGCUCAGCGCAAGAAAAUAUUUUUAUUUCACGCAAUACGACACUCGCUUCGAGACUGGCACAUUAAGCACAGAACUGUGUUUGGUUUUGUACCUGAUGGCUCAUGUUUCAUCGCCCUAUUGUUGACAAACACAGGAUUAAAAGCACUGAGAAGCCUCCGCUUCACAGACCAGGAUGUCACAGCAGAGAGAACUAAAAUCGCUUUUCCAUAACAACAAAACGCAAGUCAUCCGUGGCCGGAAUCCGUGAAAGCCCGGCUUGACCAUAACUUCUAUUCAAGGAGAGACGCUCUGACUUUGUUUUAACAAUUCCGCUUAAUUUAUCGAGCUUCGCUAAAAUAACAGCUAGUAAGUGACAUUCACGUACUAGCGUUAGCAUAUCGUAGUUUGUUGUCACUGUAUAUUGCGCAGCUUUCAAACGAAGGUCAAAAUUUUAUUCGUCGAUCGACUGUCACCGAGAGAGGUUUUUUUUUUCAUCUUUUUAUUCGUCAGCGCUGACUGGCAGUAUUAGAUAAUUAAUAGACUGUGACUCGCGAAAUCAUUACUGAUAUUGCAUUUUCUGAAAGACACGCGCUUCUCGGGAAAAAAAUUAGGGAAAAGAGUGAAAAAUCAUCGACCUUGACACUUCUCUUCCGGAAAAUUUUGUGAGGUGAUCGCUGAAGUCACGUUGCUCGGUUCGCUGGCGAACUGUUGUCGUAUGCGUGUGUGCUUCGAGCGAAAACACAAUUCUCUUCUAUGCUGUCGUGACAGAACAACAUAAACAUUUCACGUUCUUAUUGUCUUUGAUAUGCAAAUUUUUUAUCUGUUGUCGAUGUGUAUUGUUUUGAGAGAAAAGAAGAGAACUGAAAAGGUUUAGUUAGGUUACUGCUGUGUAGGAUCCCAGAUGCACGCUUUUAUCACGAAACCUUCGAGUUAGAGACGAUUACUUUUAUGGCAGGUACCAGACAUUUUCCAUGAUUAUUUCCAUUAUUAUUAAUAAUGUUCUUGUUGCCACAAAAAAACACGAAACAAUAGGAAAUAUAAAUAGAGCGCUUUUAUACAUUCAGCCCGUUAAAUUAAUCGAACUUGAGCAAUACUUUGUAAACUCUUGUAAAUAUCAAACUUUUUGUAAAUAAUCACCCAAAGUCGUAUGUAAAUAUGUAAAUAGCUUAAUGAUAUUAUUUCUAUAUACGCUGAAAAUGCGACAGAUUUGUAAUGUAAUGUUAAUUCGCCUUUCAAGGGUUUUUUACCUGCAGCUUAAAACUAGACAAUUCUAUGUGGCUGCGUGAAUUGCAUCAAUUCUUCUAUUUAAAAAAAAAUGUUCCAGAGGUCUUAUUUUUGUAAUAAAAGAGGCUUCUUUAAGAAAAACUCGCUCUUGUUUUGGUGUCGUUAGUUAAGUACGAAGAGAAAGACUUUCCAGCUCUUUUUUUCAAAAGGGCGGUUAUGUAAUUAACAGAUUACAGUGCAAAAGCGUCGACCUCUUUGGAAGUUUCACUUUUUCUCUUUAUCCUCUCGCGAAACAAUAGGGCUUUGUUUUGUGUAUUUAUAAACUGAUCUCGCUACCACACGUUCGAGAUUACCAAAUAUAAUGUGUCAUUAGCAAUACAGAAAGGAAAUUUAACCACAUCCUUCCGAGACAGAUUUCUUUUGAUUUUCGCCCUCGUUAGCUAGGUUUUGUCUACUAAAGUGAGAUUUCGGGAAUAUGAGUUGAAAUUUCAUCCUGGCAUUUAUGGGUACCGGCAUAUGAUUUUGUUGAACGUGAAUGUCGGCUAUUUUUUUCUUCAUUUGAAGGUCUACGUAAAUUAGCCGAAAGGCGGAAAGCUAUUAGAAACAACAUGUACGGCGAAUGAAGGGCAAUGUCGAUAUUUCUGAUAUUAAUGCGAGAGGGUAAAUAAUUCUCUUCCUAUUUAUCGCUCUGUCAGCAAUAUACGUUUUUACUAAGGCUCGUUUGUGUUAUUGUUUUACCGCGUGGGUAAAAGUAAGCUUCCCGCUGUCUGUAGAAGAAGGGAAAUAUUGUCUAGACUUGGGAACGUUACCAAAACUCUGUUAAAAACAAUCUGUCGAAAUUCGAUGGCAACAAAUGAAAAAUAGUGCUUAUGGCAGAUCUUUGGCUAAUCUGGUUAGAAGUCUUUGUAAAGCUCUUCCCAAUGAGCUCUACAGAAAGGCGUUUAUGGUAUCGAUGAGAUUUGAGACACUUGUUUCAAAGUGACUUUUGGCGAUAAGGUUCUCGGAUUCGACAAGUCUGAACGCAACACUAACUUGAAGUGGUAAAACCAAAGAGCGAUAUUGUCUUGCCGUAAACGCAAGGAAAAACAUGCUUUAUACUCAGUUGAAUCCAGAGUGGAUAUUGUAAAAUACGCAAGAUCUUGUUUUCUAUGAAAAUAUUACCACUUUGACGGGCUUUGAUAUAAUUGUUUUGACACGAUGAAAUUUGCCCGAAUCGAUGUUUAAAAUCAAAUCUUCAAUCCAUCAAAAAAUUGUUUAACGCAAUUAGAGCUUAAUAGUGGCACGAUUUUUUUUCGGUUUCUCUCGAGUCAAGUGUUCUUUUGAUGAACAAUUUCCUACUUUUGGCUAUGUGCAACAAUCUCCAGACAAUUUCUAGAAAUUAAUUGCCUUUGUCUAGUCGUUUUGGAAAUUUUUGUAGUUUUGUUUUAGCUUAUCCUGUGUUAAAGAUAUGUGUGGAAGAACCUCUUAUACAUUUCAUUUGUCGGACAGUUGAUUUUGUAAUUGUCGUGAAUUUUUUUCUUGAGUCUAAUUUAUGGCUUUCUUGUUAUCUUAAGAUGGAAGAAAAAAGAAGAAUCAACUUAUACGAAUCAAGACUUGUGCAUACUAAAAAUUUCGAAAAAUUCCCUAGCUUUCACUUUUGUUGUAGCACACAAACAAAUGUAUUCAAUUAUUAUUUUGCCAACGGUAAUUCUUUCAUUUAAACGGAAGGUGUUGUUGUAAAUUUGAUAUUACGCUUGUUCCCUAAUUUUUUUUGUUGUCAGUUGACUCUAUGUUCAAGGAAACUUUUUUCUUCCAAAAGAAUUCCAUGUAAUUGCCUCUUGUUCAUUGUCACGCACGCUGUGGUCACAUAAUUUCCCCAGUUUUGCUUUCGGUCUCCGUCAUCUCGUUUACACUCCAUUCUUUAGCAUUUUUCUUUGUUUUAAACCGUCUAAACUACCUCGAUGACGACGAACCGCCUCACCUGCACAACCUAGACUAGAGUAUCGAAGAGCUUCUGUGACCCAUAAGUAACGCAAGCAUAUAUUUUUUUCUUUAUUAUUUUUUUAAACAGGAAAAUUUGAACCACAACAAGAUGAUGCUUUCCAGUUCGUCAUCCUUCUCCUUCUAAUGCAAUCUAUGGUCGGCAGAGCACGAAAUUUUUAAGUGUGUUGCUUCUUGGAUGGGUGCCAUGUCGUCAUGUACUCUGGACUGUAAACAUUUAUAGUGAUGAAAUCAGGCAUUUGACCUUGCUUGUGUUAAUAAUAGCACAAAAAAUCUGCUGAUGUAGUUCGCAACUGUUAUUGAUAACAUCGGGACUCAGUGGAAAAAAAUUCAGUCUGACACUAGAAUUGUCGCGGUUUUCCUCCUCAGUUGCAUCGACUAUUAGAAAACGAUCGAGAAGACGAAGGAAAAAGGUAGUUGACGGAAAUCCGCAUUCCCCUGUCAAGAUCAUAUCAAAGACUUGACGACGUCAAUAUUGAUAACACUACAAGGGCAACGCGAGGGCAACGACAACGUUUUAAUUCGUAUUCAUCUUUAUCUGGAAGUUUUGCGUUGGUAAACAAUUAAAGGACCGUAAAAAUCCCAUCCCACAAGUGAUCACGCUGGGAAAGUUACGUGAUAAAAUCGUUAUAUUGUAGCGUUUUCCCUAAGUUUUCAUUCGUGUGCUUUGUUUUCGAUUCCGAUCAGUUUGCACUUGUAAAGCAAGGUCACCAGUAAACACGAUUUAAGAAUUGUAAAUCUUAUUUCGGGCUGUGAAAUCAGUCAUCUUAUUAUCGUGAACCCGGUUAAUUUUGACCUUGAAGCUUGCGUGGAAAUAUAGUAUGAUUGUAAAACUAAUGGCUUUUGUCAUCCAAAUUUCACAUCCGUGAAAAAUUUAAAAAUCCGCGGAAAUUUGAAGAGAACCUCGUGAACGUGUAAUUUCUAUUCCGGAG